CAAGGUAGAAAGCUCUCUUGUGGACCAGGAUUUCGCGUUGCUGCUCGUACUUUUUGUGCGAAUAUGCAUCCUAAUUUCUACCCCCCCCCCUGACUUUUUUAUCCCUUCCAUGCUCCCUUAAAAUCAAUAUCUUGUAAACCUGUGUCUUCUGGCUAUUUCAUUUAACGAAUUAUGUCGAAAAUACUAGGAAAUAUGGCAUUUGCCGGCAACCUGUUCAAAAUGGAAGCACGAUGUGGAACACCAUGAGAUCUUGGCGCAAGAUCUGCUGAACACAUUGUAUGCAUCAUCCAACUUGGCAUAUCUUCGGUUGCUGAUCGCCAACAACGUGGUGUAGCUCGUGAACGGACGCGCGUGCACCAUUCCCGUCUCAAGUCCGAUGGAGCAAUGCAAGCGACGGAGCUGGGGCAAGUGCGGCAUCGCAGGGUUGCUGGGUUUGCCGCUGGUGGUGCUGGCCGUAGCCGCAGCUCUGGGCCGACGCAAUCCCGGAGGCCUGCAUGGACCUUCGCGCUGUGCUACGACACCCUGCCGUACCGCCGCGCUCGCCCUCAACAUCUCGCUCAGCCGCACCGUUGGGCCGUGCCAGGACUUGGACCGUUUCGUCUGCGAGAGUUGGCCUGGUACCUCCCCCGCUGCCCGGGUUGAGCGCAUUCUCGACUACGCGUGGACUGCCUACCGUGUGCCGCUGAGGGCGCAGUCCGCGCUUGACAAGGUGGUGGCUGUGUACCAAAGCUGUGUGGCUUCAUUGUCCCCUGGAGGUGGCGAGCCUGCUGCGCUGAGGCCCAUGCUUGUGCCUGCCAGUCCUCUCAGAAGCCUUCUGCAGCUUUCGCUGCAACACAGGAUCACGCUGCUGCUGGACGUUAGCCGAACUCUGGACAAUGCAUCGUUGAUUGUCGCUCCAGCACCUGACAUCUUACCACCGCCUCUGGAGCAGGGUGACCACGUAGCGCUGGCAAGCUACGUGGAGCGGGUCGCCGCGUUGGUGCUGGGAUCUCAACGCGACCCGCACGAAUUGGUGCAUCACGUUUUGACGCUGCAAGACGAACUCGGCAGAGAGAAACUGGAGGAGAGCAAACAGAGGACAAGUCGAGUUCUUCCCCUGUGGCAGGUGGCUCAGAUGACUGGUUCCUUGGCUGACUGGUUGGCCGAAGUUCCGGGAGCACAAGAAGAUACACCUGUCGUCGUGCAAGAUGUGCCUUGGCUCAAGAACCUCGGGGCUUUCUUGAAACGCCACCAGGACUCCGAAGAACUGCGCCACUUCGUCGGCUGGCACACGGUCCGCCUUCUGGGCUCGCUUACGCAGUACGACAUCUUCCGUGCCACACUGGAGCAAGUCCUCGGUGGCGAGGUGCGCCCCUCUCCUGCUCUGGUACGGGCUACAUGUCUGGCGCAUGCUGCCAACCUUAUGCCUGCCGCGUACAACACAUUCGUAGCUCGUCACUUCGCCACCCAAGCCUCCGCCACUCGUGUGCUCUCUCUGGCAGAGACACUGAGAGCCACCGCUUUAACUGGUCUUCGAGGAGGACGAUGGAUGCCACCGCGGCAAAGAACUCGGACGCUGAUGGCCCUACGGCAGUUGGUGCUCAUCGGGCCCACACCUCCUGGAACCGUUGCAGACUUAGACGCUGCUUACAGUCGGGUUCCCGAUAUCGUGUCCGCGGAUUUUAUGCAGGUAUACCUGGCACUGACGCGAGCAGGACCAGGUCCAGGACACUCCACCGGAGCCAAUCAAGCUGCCCUGGAACCACAGUACAGCCCCACCGAACAGUCGCUCUUCGUACCAGCGGGUGCACUUCAGACACCACUUUACGAAGACGCCUUGCCACCAGCCUUCAACUUGGGCGGCCUGGGCGCCAGCCUCGCGGACAGACUGCUACAAGCAGCUCAAAGAGUCUGGUCCACGGACGCUGUGGCUGUCAAAGCGUUUAACCACAAGGCAAAUUGUCAAGGAGCUGAAUCACUACUGCGUGGCACUGCGUUACGGCUCGCUUACCGUGCCUUCCGUCGUGAACGCCGUGUGGUGCUUGCGGGUCUGGAGCGUUUCUCGCCAGAUCAGCUUUUUUUCCUGGCUUCUUGUAUGCCCUGGUGUGGCAGUCAAGGACAAUGUGCGUCCGCUGUCAAGUAUAUGCCAGAAUUUGCGAGCGCGUUUGGAUGUCGCGCUGGUGACCCCAUGAGUCCACGGCCGCGUUGUUCAUUGCUUGUAUAGCGGACAUAAGGAACGUGGCCGUGGAGUUAGGACAUCUUCUUGGGCUGUAGUUGCACUUUAUGAGAAGGACACUGUGAAUAACAUAACUGAAAUGGAUUGUAAAUAAGUGUAUAUAUAUGAUGGAUUUCA